AUUUUGUGUGUGUAUCGAUAAAACAUCGGAUAAUCGUUUCACUUUGGCAUUUGUUUAUGUGGAAAAUCCAUGGAAGUCCACACAAUAGUUUAAAUAGCUGCAGCUACGCAAAACGUUAAUACAUUGUGCGUAUUCAUGCCGAGCAAUUAAUAUAGAAAUGUUGCGCAUUCGUCGUCGUUUCGCGCUACUCAUUUGUUGUGGCUGUCUACUCAUUUUUCUCAGUCUCUAUGUAAUCCUCAAUUUUGCGGCGCCGGCUGCCAAUGCAAAAAAGCCUAAUUUUGUAGCGGUUGAGAGCCGAGUGGAACAAGUGGAAAAUGGAUUGCUGGAGUCUGGCCAAGAUAUGCAAGAUAUGCGCAAACGUUCCGCAAAAAGGCAACAAAAUAGAAACGAUAUCCUUGCGUUAAAUGCAAUCCACACACAGACAACAGACGAUGCUGGCGAAUGCAUCGAUGUCGUCAGACAGGUGCCCCAGGUGGAUGUGCAAAUGCUAGAAUGGUACGAGAAAAUGACAUUUGCAGACGUUGACGGCGGCGUCUGGAAACAGGGCUGGAACAUUAAAUAUGAUCCAUUAAAAUACAAUCAGCAUCACAUUCUGAAAGUGUUUGUUGUGCCCCAUUCCCACAACGAUCCCGGCUGGAUAAAAACAUUCGAGGACUAUUACAAUGCGGAUACAAAACAUAUCUUAUCGAAUGCGCUGCGAAACCUGAGCGAGAAUCCAGAUAUGAAAUUCAUUUGGGCUGAAAUUUCAUAUUUCUCGCGAUUUUUUGACGAGCUUGGCGAGCACAAGAAACAGCAAAUGCGAAUGAUUGUGAAGAAGGGUCAACUGGAGUUUGUUACCGGCGGCUGGGUAAUGCCCGACGAGGCCAAUUCGCAUUGGCGCAAUGUGCUGCUCCAAUUGACGGAGGGGCAGACCUAUUUGAAGGAGCAUCUGAACGUGACGCCAACCGCCUCAUGGGCAAUUGAUCCGUUCGGACACAGCCCCAGUUUGCCGUACAUACUGAAGAGGAGCGGCAUGAAAAACAUGCUGAUACAGCGAACCCAUUACUCUGUGAAGAAGGAGCUGGCACUGCAACGCAACUUAGAGUUUUACUGGCGCCAGACGUGGGAAACGAGCGGCAAGAAUGCACUAUUCACCCACAUGAUGCCCUUCUAUUCGUACGAUAUUCCCCACACCUGCGGACCCGAUCCCAAGGUGUGCUGCCAGUUCGACUUUAAGCGCAUGGGCGGCUUUGGACUGAGUUGCCCGUGGCGCCAGCCGCCACGGCCCAUCGACGACAAUAAUGUGGAUGCUCGGUCCGAAUUGAUCGUGGAUCAGUGGAAAAAGAAGGCUGAAUUGUAUCGGACGAAUGUGUUGCUUGUGCCGCUGGGCGAUGAUUUCCGCUAUAAGCAGAACGUCGAGUGGGAGGUGCAGCGUGUCAACUAUGAGAAGCUCUUCGAGCACAUCAACGGCAAUCCUCAUUUCAACGUCGAGGCGCAAUUUGGCACGCUCGGCGAGUACUUUGAGGCUGUGCAUCAGAGCGGUCAGGCUGAGUUUCCAUCGCUUAGCGGUGAUUUCUUCACGUAUGCGGAUCGUGCCGAUAACUAUUGGAGUGGCUAUUUCACCUCCCGGCCAUAUCAUAAGCGCAUGGAUCGCGUGCUCAUGCACUAUUUGAGGGCGGCGGAAAUGCUGCAUGCUUGGCAGCCCUGGGAUUCGAUGGCUGGCUUCAAUGCCAAACUGGAGCAGGCGCGUCGUGAAUUAUCUCUCUUUCAGCAUCACGAUGGUAUCACGGGCACCGCCAAGACGCAUGUGGUGCAGGACUAUGAGAAGCGACUCGUGGAAGCGCUCAAAUCCUGCCAAUUUGUGAUGCAACAGGCUGUCUAUCGACUGCUCACAAAGCCAUCCAUCUACAGUCCCGAUUUCAAUUUCCACUAUUUUACGCUGGACGAUUCGCGCUGGCCCGGCGUCGGUGUGGAGGAGAGUCGCACCACCAUCAUCCUCGGCGACGAGCUGCCCACCAAGCAUGUCGUUCUGCACAACACGGUGCCUCAUUGGCGCGAGCAACUCGUCGAUUUCUAUGUAUCCAGUCCCUUUGUGAGCGUCAGCGAUUUAGCCGGCAAUGCAGUGGAGGCGCAGCUGUCGCCCGUCUGGAGCUGGCAUCAUGAUACCAUCAGCAAAACUGUGAAUCCACAAGGUUCCACCACCAAAUACCGCAUAAUCUUCAAAGCACGCGUGCCACCCAUGGGACUGGCUACAUAUGUGCUUACAGUCGCCAGAUCAAAGCCAGCUCACACUUCGUAUGCAACGCAUCUACUGCUGAACGGCAGUCCGGUUUCGGUGAACUUGGGCCAAUAUCCGGAGGAUGCCAAGUUUGGGGAGCAUCGCGAGUUCUCGCUACGCGUCGGCACUGGACCCACCUUGGCCUUCUCCGAGCACGGCCUGUUGAAAUCUAUGCAGUUGUCAGCCGAUACUGCCCCUGUGCCAGCGCAUCUGAAAUUCCUCAAGUAUGGCACACGUGUCCAUGGCGAUAAAUCCGGUGCUUAUCUGUUUCUGCCCAAUGGUCCUGCAACGGCCAUUGUGGGCAAUCCGCCCGUGGUGCUCGUCAGCGAGGGCAAACUGGAGUCGUAUGUGAGCGUUGGCCUGCCCCACGUCAUCCAUCAGACCGUGUUGCGUGGCGAUGCGCCCGAAAUACGCAAUCUGGUCGAUAUCGGUGUGGCGGACAACACCGAAAUUGUGAUGCGUCUGCAGACGCACAUCGACAGCGGCACCACAUUCUACACGGAUCUGAACGGAUUGCAAUUGAUACAGCGGCGUCGAUUUGAGAAGCUGCCCUUGCAGGGCAACUACUAUCCGGUGCCAACGGCCAUAUUCAUCGAGGAUGCCAACAUGCGGCUAACACUGCUCACGGGUCAGCCGCUGGGUGGUUCAUCGUUGGAAUCCGGCGAGCUGGAACUGAUGCAGGAUCGUCGUCUCGCCUUUGACGAUCAUCGUGGCCUUGAGCAGGCCGUCUUGGACAACAAGCCCGUGUUGCACAUUUAUCGGCUGGUGUUGGAGAGGAUCGGCGAUUGUGUGCGUCCGGCGGAAGCGCAUCCGGCCAAUUACUUGACAAGAGCGGCACACAGGGCAUCGCAGGAGCUGCUCGAUCCACUGGACAAGCUGAUAUACACGGAGAACGACUGGACAGGGGCACAGGCGCAAUUCGGCGGCGGACAUGUGCCGGCCAACGAGGAUCUGGAUGUGGUUGUGAUGCGACGCCUGACAAAGGGUACGGCCAAGAAGCAGAGCAUUGGCUGCGUGCUGCAUCGCACCCAGCUGCUGCAGUGCAACGAGGAGACGCCACCAGACAAGUUCAACGUGUGCAACGUGUUGCAAGCUGAUGAUCAAACAUCAAAUCAUCGCUGUCAGCGCUCCACACUGACAUUCCUGCAGAUUCUCGAGCAGAUCGAGCCAAAGGUGGCGCCCCAACUGUGUCCCAUGGAGUCUGCCGCCUACAUAAUCAGCUAUAGCACCGACAAUGAGAAUGACAGUUGAAGCCCAUUCAACAUUAACUUAUUACACAUCUUGACUAGCAGAAAUGCAAGAAAAACAAAAAACAGAAAAUACUUAUGUUUAUAUAUGUAAGCACGUUACUUUAACACUGACCAAAACACCACUUCUGGACAUUAUGCGUAUGUGAAUCUCAAAUUGCGAACAAUUUUAUGAUUUUUUCGACUGCAGGGAUUAUAUAUAUUUAUAUAUACGUUUGUGUAUGUAAUUUAAAUUUAUUUUGUGUGAUAUUUGUAGUCGUCUCCUGUAACUUCAAGCAAUAAAUGUUCAAUAUAAUCAUACUG